AUGCAGCAGAACAGGGAAGCACUAGCAAUAGCGGAUUACAGACACCAGAAGAACAUGGAAGAACUUCAAGAAAAUAUGAAUUUGCUAAUGAUACAUAAGGUUACAGUAGCUCGGCAAGAGGAGCAAGAUAAAAUGAAAGAAAUUUUAAAACUUAAAGAAGUACAACAUCAGGCGGAUAUAAAGGAGCUUAAAGCUUAUAUAUCCAAGGUUGAAGCCUCCCAUAAACGCACAGAAAAGCAACUAAAAGCUGUGGUAUAUUCAAAGGAGAAACUGGAAGAAGAGAUAGUAGAGACCAGACAAGCUUUUCAGAAGUACAUUAACUUUACAUUUCCACAACUAGGACCAGGUCAGGCAGAUUUCAUUUUACCAUACAGGACAACAAUUUAA